GUGCCUUUAAAUUGCUGCUUUCAGAGGGUGCAUCUAGGGGGAGGUGGGAGGGAGAAGAGGGAAACAUCUUCCUACCAGUCUCCCUCCUCUCUCCCCUCCAAGAUUCUCCAGGGUUUGGAGAGUGAUUGCUACCCAAAGAGCAUCUUUGCUAGCUCCCUGACCGGCAAGCUGAGACCCUCCACAGCCUAAGGGAAACCAAAUCAGGACCGGUAGGGUUAUCUGUGUCAUGAUCAUUUCUAUGGAAAUAGUUCUGGUCCCUGACUGGUAAAGACAGGACAGAAAAGAGGGCAGAAGAAAAAAAAAGAGCAUACAACUCCUAGCCCAGCUCCACGCGCACUUUUGUGGGCAGCCCAAGUUGGAGAAGGCUCUGUACUUUUGGCGUUCCCACAGGGAUAUCCGCUCUCACCUUGGCAGCCAGGCUGGGAAAGGGAUCCAAGUUAUCCGUGGAAUGACAUCUCUUGCUCCUGCAACUCUCUCCUUUCUUCUCCUCUGGACCCUGCCAGGGAAGGUCCUCCUCAGGGUAGCCUUGGCAAAAGAGGAUGUCAAGUCUGGAACCAAAGGCUCCCAGCCCAUGUCACCAUCUGAUUUUCUGGACAAGCUUAUGGGGCGAACAUCUGGAUAUGAUGCCAGGAUUCGACCCAAUUUUAAAGGCCCUCCUGUGAACGUGACCUGCAACAUCUUCAUCAACAGUUUUGGCUCUGUCACCGAGACCACUAUGGACUACCGGGUCAAUGUUUUCUUACGGCAGCAGUGGAAUGACCCACGUUUGGCCUACCGAGAAUAUCCUGACGACUCUCUGGACCUCGACCCCUCCAUGCUGGACUCUAUCUGGAAACCAGACCUGUUCUUUGCAAAUGAGAAGGGGGCCAACUUCCAUGAGGUGACCACAGACAACAAGUUACUGCGCAUCUUCAAGAAUGGCAAUGUGCUCUACAGCAUCAGAUUGACCCUCAUUUUGUCCUGCCCAAUGGACCUCAAGAACUUCCCCAUGGAUAUCCAGACCUGCACGAUGCAGCUGGAAAGCUUUGGUUACACCAUGAAUGACCUCAUGUUUGAGUGGCUGGAAGAUGCUCCUGCUGUCCAAGUAGCUGAGGGACUGACUCUGCCCCAGUUCAUUUUGAGGGAUGAGAAGGAUCUAGGCUAUUGUACCAAGCACUACAACACAGGAAAAUUCACCUGCAUUGAGGUCAAAUUUCACCUGGAACGACAGAUGGGCUACUAUCUGAUUCAGAUGUACAUCCCCAGCCUGCUCAUCGUCAUCCUGUCCUGGGUCUCCUUCUGGAUCAAUAUGGAUGCUGCUCCAGCCCGUGUAGGUCUUGGCAUCACCACUGUGCUCACCAUGACAACCCAGAGCUCUGGCUCCCGGGCCUCUUUGCCUAAGGUGUCCUACGUGAAGGCGAUUGACAUCUGGAUGGCUGUCUGCCUGCUCUUCGUGUUCGCUGCCUUGCUGGAGUAUGCUGCUGUCAAUUUUGUUUCUCGUCAGCAUAAGGAAUUCAUGAGACUCCGAAGAAGGCAGAGACGCCAACGCAUUGAGGAAGACAUAAUAAGAGAAAGCCGCUUCUACUUCCGUGGCUAUGGCCUGGGUCACUGCCUGCAGACAAGGGAUGGAGGUCCAAUGGAAGGUUCUAGCAUUUAUAGCCCCCAACCUCCUGUUCCUGUUCUAAAGGAGGGAGAAACCAUGCGGAAACUCUAUGUGGACAGAGCUAAGAGAAUUGACACCAUCUCACGGGCUGUUUUCCCUUUUACUUUUCUCGUCUUCAAUAUCUUUUAUUGGGUUGUCUAUAAAGUACUACGGUCAGAAGAUAUCCACCAGGCACUAUGAAUUUAGUGGGCUCUAGAGU